CUGGCGCUCCAUCCCGUCCCCCCUUUUUUUUUCUUUUUCUUUUCUCCUUCCUUGCCUGGCUUGUCCCUCUCUUUGUCCAGCUUGUCCUUCCACUAUCCUUUCUCUCUCUAUUUCCCAGCACUACGUGGGGCCCUGUUUUGCCCCCUCCCCAUUUACCUCAUCAAUAACAGUGGUGCUGUGUGUGUGUGUGUGUGCCAGUGCAUUAAGAAAAUUGGUUCUCUGCGACGCAGCGCUCUCUUUGACUCCAGUAAUCGCAGCAAAGAGAGAGAGAGAGCGAGGGAGAUGAUCUGGCUCUGAUUCUGCUGCUGAGAUACGGUCUGCGGCACUCCCUCCACACACAAACAUGCACACACAGUGUCACCAUGAUUCACAUUGAAGCCAGACAGACUGCUUGUCCCUUUUGAACUCACUGUAAAAAGCUCUCUGGCGCUCUCUCUGGCGCUCUCUCUCUCUCGCCACUUCAGCUUAAUAGAUUUGGUUCCUUGUGACUUAUUGUUCGGAUCUUCUGACUACCACCCACCGGUAGGUAGGUAGGUAGCAAAACUACUCUGAUAAUUGGCAACCUGAUCAAAACUCCCUGGAGACCCAUUUUGGCUCUACGGAUCGGAGAGGCUGCCACUGAGGACCCUUUCAACCAUUUGCUUUUCUGUAGGCCAAACCCACGUAUGUGUUGGGUGCGAGAAAAGAAUUGAAAUCCUUAUCACACACCUGCCUGAUAGGAUGAUGAUACGUGGGAACUCCUGUACUCUUAGUCCUAUGUAUUCCAAAAGUGGGCGUCAUUUUCCGUAGCACACAUCUGGCAGGUAUGCAACUAUUGGAACAAAAGAACGGUGGGAGUCCUGAGGAAGCCCACGAGUUGGCCAAAGGUACAAAAGAAAAGGGCGGUGAGCAAGAAGAUGGCAGGCGGCCCCCGACGAUCACUCUUGCGCUCCCAAGCAGGCCAAUUGAUAUUAACGGCUGACUGUAGAUCUAGCUGAUCAAUGGUCCGUCCCCUGGACGUCUCAUCCCAGCCAAGAGCUUUAACAGCCAGCCAGCCGUCCGUCCAUAGGAGCGGCGCUGACGAGAGCUGAGCUUUUUAAGGCCUCCUCUCACUAAUUGAACGAAUCAAUCAUGCUCUUGGGCAUGCCUUUUGAAGUGGAAUGCAAUGAUGACUAUUUGAUUUGUUGCUAUUUGUUUUGAAAUUCCAUUUUGGAUUUUUCAACCUAUAGCUCUGUUCCUUCUGCAUGUUAUGUCCUAACCUCCAACAGAGGCUAAAGUGCAGGACGGACCAUGAGGCAAUUGCUGAAAGCCAAUGGUGUUGUCCUGAUCACUUUUUAGUCUUGUUGCUUUCAACUUGUACGAAUGCGAUUCGACAUUCUAUUCGGUGUUUGUCGUAAACGAGUGACGCAUUUUGACAUUUUCCACGCCCAACUGGAGCCACGACGCCUCGUCAAAUGCAGUGUACCUUUACAUCACUCCACCGUUAUCUGCUCGUAAAAUUACAACGGCCGCCAUCUGGGGCGGUCGGGGUCAGUGGUUUUUCCGCCCGGUCCGUCGCCCGCCACCUUCCGACCCGUGUCUCCUUUCACUGCAGCUGCCUGUGACUUUUACCAUCGCUGAGGUGUUUUGAGCGAAUGGCCCACGUCUUGUUUCUUUAGGAAGAACAUUCUGUUUUAUUGCGCUGCUCACGCCAUUUCCAUACCCCCUCCUUUUAGCAGGCCGCCUACUGGAGUCCAAACAAAGCGACAGGAGAGCCCAAAGAGCCGUCAGAUCGAGAGGAGCAGCACACACAACACAACACAACCGGUGACCUUCAUUCAGCGCUUGGCAUAUUCAGAAGCGGGUGGCGGGCCGAGGCCUUGGCCCACAUGAGGAAAAGCGUAGCGCAUUGUCAAGCUGGCAUCAACACUGCCAAAAGUGGUUUUGGAAUUUUUGAGUGGCGGCUAAAAGGAAACAGAUGACAGUGGCAACAUGUGAUCUGUGGACCCACCUGAGCCCGUCCAGGUGUCAAGUCUGCCCAAAGAAGGGCGACGCCACCCCGAAGCCUUAACGCCAUGGGCAGGAAAGAGCAGGACUUGGAUUCUUGCUUAGUUUGUCUUCUCUGGUAGACUGAGCCAAACUCAGUCCAAGUUGAGAUGAAGAGGAGCGCAAGUGACAACCGGCACAGCUCUACGGAUCCUCACGACUCUCCGGAGUCCACCGACCUCCGCGACGACCGCCCACUUCCCAGGAGUCCAGCCGGCGAGAGCGGCGGCAGCGACGAAGACCAAGGUCACCUGCUCUACCACGUCGGCCUCGUGAUUAAGCAACGCUAUGAGGUGGUGUCCACGCUGGGAGAGGGAGCCUUCGCAAAAGUGGCCGAGUGUAUCGACCGAGACACAGACACUCGCGUGGCAGUCAAGAUCGUGCGCAACAGCCAAAGUUUCCAGCGGGCGGCCAAAUGCGAGAUCGCCGUCCUGGAGGAGAUCAACACCUUGGACGACGACAACAGAUUCGCUUGCGUGCGGAUGUUGGACUGCUUUGAGCACCGAGGCCACGUGUGUCUGGUCUUCGAGCUCCUGGGACGCAGUACCUACGAGGUCCUCCGGCAAAACCAGUUCCUGCCGUUCAGCGUGGAGCAGAUCCGACACAUGGCCUUUCAGAUCUUCCAAGCCGUCAGCUUCCUGCAUCGCAAUAAACUGACCCACACUGAUCUGAAACCGGAAAACAUCUUGUUUGUCUGCUCCGACUACGACGUGAAAUACAACGAGCGGAUGAAACUUGACAAGAGGAAGACGAGGAGUCCCGAUGUAAAGGUGGUGGACUUUGGCAGCGCCGUUUUCGACCACCAGCAUCACCCACCCUUAGUGUCCACGCGCCACUAUCGAGCUCCGGAAAUCAUACUCGAGUUAGGCUGGAAUCAAUCUUGUGACGUUUGGAGUUUGGCCUGCGUUCUCAUGGAGUACUACUUGGGACACACGCUCUUCCCGACUCAUGACAGCAGGGAGCAUCUGGCCAUGAUGGAGACAAUUCUGGGACCCAUCCCGCCGCACAUGCUGAAACAAACCAGAAAGCAACACUACGUCCUCAAUGAGCGACUGGACUGGGACGAAGGCAGCUCCUCGGGCCGGUACGUCCGAAAACACUGCAGGCCUCUCAAGAGCCUGCCGGGGCGCAGCGAGGAUGAGCGCCAGCUGUUGGACCUUCUGGCCCGCAUGCUGGAGUUGGACGUGAGUCGGCGCAUCACCCUGGAGGAGGCGCUGUGGCACCCCUUUUUCCAAGCGGCCAGACUGGAGAAACAAAGGCCAAGCUAACGAACCUACAGUACAGUGCAGUGCAGUGCAGUGCAGUGCAGUGCAGUGCAGUGCAGUGCAGUGCAGUGCAGUGCAGUGCAGUGCAGUGCAGUGCAGUGCAGUGCAGUGCAGUACAGUACAGUACAGUACAGUACAGUGCAGUACAGUACAGUACAGUACAGUGCAGUGCAGUACAGUACAGUAGAGUGCAGUCAAUGCUUACUAUUUGGUUAAGGGACCCAGACCAGAUGCAAUUACAGUAGCAACGUCAAAUUGACCAAAAGAGACGAUUGGAUGCUGAAGAAGACAUCUGGUCACCAUCAUAACAAAAUAAAUGUGUUGUGGAUACAGUGCUUUA